AUGAGCAGCGAUACUAACGGCGAUGCCUCCUACGAAGUCUCCGAGGAUUACGGAUUGGUGGAAUCCUUCGAAGAUUUGGGGUUGAAGGAGGAUAUUCUUAAAGGAAUAUUUGCGUACGGUUUCGAUAAGCCCUCAGCAGUGCAACAAAGAGCUAUUAAACCUAUAUUGGACGGAAGAGAUGUGAUAAUUCAGUCCCAAAGCGGAACCGGGAAAACGUGCGUAUUUUGCCUAGGAGCGCUCCAAGUCGUAAAUUCAAACGUCAGAGAAACCCAAGUGCUUUUGUUGUCGCCUACAAGAGAGCUGGCCGAGCAGUCACAGAAGGUUUGCCUGGCUUUGGGUGAUUAUUGCAACGUUGAGGUACACUGCUGCAUUGGCGGGAAGAAGGUAAGCGACGACAUAAAGGCGCUGGAAUCGGGAGUGCAAAUAGUCUCGGGAACGCCGGGAAGAGUCAACCACAUGAUCACGGACCGACACCUGAACACGAGGAACAUAAAACAGCUCAUCCUGGACGAGGCGGACGAGAUGCUUAACAGAGGCUUCAAGGAGCAGGUGUACUCAGUGUACAGGUACCUGCCGCCGACGAUCCAAGUGGUGCUGGUCUCAGCAACGCUGCCGCACGAAGUGAUAGAGAUCACGAACAAGUUCAUGAAUAACCCGUUCAAGGUCCUGGUGAAGCGCGACGAGCUGACGCUGGAGGGCAUAAGGCAGUUCUUCAUAUCAGUGGAGAAGGAGCAGUGGAAGUUCGACACGCUCUGCGACCUGUACGAGUCGCUGAUAAUAACGCAGGCGGUGAUAUUCUGCAACACCAAGGAGAAGGUGGACUGGCUGGCGAAGAAGAUGAAGGACGCCAACUUCGAAGUGUGCAAGAUGCACGGAGAAAUGUCGCAAAAGGAGAGGAACGACAUCAUGCAGAGGUUCAGAAAGGGGGAGUCGCGAGUGCUGAUAUCGACUGACCUCUGGGGAAGAGGACUGGAUGUCCAGCAGGUUUCUCUCGUUGUAAAUUAUGAUUUGCCGAAUAGUCGUGAAAGUUACAUUCAUAGAAUUGGAAGAUCAGGAAGGUACGGAAGGAAGGGCGUAGCAAUAAACUUUGUAAAGGUAAGAAGGUUGCUAGUUAUGAUUGCAUACCUGGUUAUUGACGGUUAUUUUGACAAUGACGACGAUAUCAGGAUUUUAAGAGACAUUGAGCAGUACUACUCGACUCAAAUCGACGAGAUGCCAAUGAAUAUUUCAGAGCUGCUUUAA